CAAGAGAAGGGAGCCAUUCGGUUCAAGGAGGGCGUUGAGCCGGUCCAGGACGGAGGCGGGGCAGAGGUUCACGUUGGUGAGAAGGAGCCAGUGCCCGCGUUCGAGGGCUUCGACCAGAGGCCCGUCGACCC